AUGACGGCGUACACUCAGCUCACUCCAUCACCUGUGUACAGGCUAGGAUCUCAGACCGAAGAACCAUGUCAUCUGCCAUGGUCUAUUCACGGUGUGACUUCCUUAAACUAUGAUGUAGGUAUACAUUUUAUUAUUAUUUAUUUUUUAUUGCUGUUUUCCCUCCUACUGUCAAAGAGAGGGGACCACAUCACCACUACUACAACGAGAAGGCCAGGAACAACUAGAGCACCGUCAAAUCCUAUGGAAAUUGAUGGAUUUGACUUGGAAGAUGCCUUGAAUGAUCAGAACAAUCUAGAUGGCCCCAAAAAGCCAAGUACAGGAGAAGGAGGAGGUUGGUCAGACAAGGAUCUCGAAGAUAUCUUGAGAGGCGGGGGAUACAAACCUGACAAGAAUAAAGGUAGGAAUGUUGCUUUGUUUGGCAACACAUGGAUUCUCCUUAAAAUGCUAACCAUCCGGCCGCCAGGUAAACAUGUCACUCUCAGCCUCUGGCAAAUCAGGCUUCGACAUGUGCACUUGUCGUGUGCAGUGGGCUCUCAUUCUUGCGGGUGGGGGUUCAUUUGUGAGCCAUCCUGGGAUGCUACCCAUUUGUUCUGUUGCUCUUAAAGCCUGAGCUGGUGUCCCCACUACCUAGGUGCACCUCGUAAGCCAGUUUUCCAUGCAGUGCAAGGGUUUAAACUUAACAUGGCACACAUUUUAAAGAAGCCCCUAGCAAAUCAGAUGUUUACAAAAUUCCUUUGGAUUCCAUUUCCCCUUCCCAUGAAGAUUCAUACUUCCCUCCUAUUGGAUCCCAGGAAGUGGAAACUCUCCUUGGGGUGUAUCCUG